CCGCAGAUGGAUUAUAAUCCUUUAAUGGCUCCUCCGGUUCCGCCGCAUAAUCCGAAGUGCAGCCGGCCGUCGUGCUCGCAGGAGCGGCUGCUGAAGUGUGUGCUGCUCGGGGAUGGAGCUGUGGGCAAAACGAGCCUGGUGGUCAGCUACACGACUAACGGCUAUCCCACCAAAUACGUCCCUACAGCCUUCGACAACUUCUCCGCGGUAGUACAAGUUGAUGGACAGCCAUUGCGACUGCAACUAUGUGACACUGCUGGACAGGAUGAGUUUGAUAAGCUGAGGCACUUCUGCUACUCGCGCACAGAUGUCUUGCUCCUCUGCUUCAGUGUGGUCAGUCCUGCUUCCUUCCAGAACGUGGGUGAGAAAUGGGUGCCUGAGAUCCGGAGGCGGUGUCCGCUCACCCCCGUCUUGCUAGUGGGCACACAGUGCGACCUGCGCCAGGAUGUCAAGGUGCUGAUCGAGCUAGCAAGGCGGCGUGAACAGCCCGUACCUGAGCAGGAUGCCCGCUCCCUCGCUGACAAGAUUGGUGCUGUGACAUAUGUAGAGUGCUCAGCUCUCACACAGAAAAACCUGAAAGAGGUGUUUGAUGCUGCCAUCUCUGCCGGCCUGCGCCAGUCUGACAGACGCUCCAGGCGGGAACGCAAGGUUCUCAGCACAGCUGAUAAGAUGAAGAUGCUCUCCAAGGCCUGGUGGAAGAAAUAUGUGUGUAUCCAAUAACAUGAGCCAAGCUGUGAGUCAUAGACGCACAUGGACAAAGUGACAAAGACUUUUGACUCCUUCAGUGCCUCAAGCAGAUGGACUAAUCGUGUGUGUGUGUUAUUGAUAUGACAAUAGAAUA